AUUUGUGCCUCUUGUUAUAGGAACACGUCUCUUCUAUGCUCUCUGCUUUAUUCCUCCCACUCCUCUUCUUUCUGCGCCCCCACAGUAGCCCUUUUUAACUCUCUCUCUCUCUCUCUAUCUCGCUCUGAGCUCAGUAUACUAUAAGAACUUGCUUCUUAUAACUAAUUUCAUUCCUUUCAUCCCCACAUGAUCAAGAAGUUAUCUUCCUCAUUUGUCUGACUUUUUUCUGUGAAAAAAAAUACUGGGUUUGUAAGUUUUUGUUGAAUCAUUUGGCUGGAAGAUUAAACCUUUGAAGAAAAAGUACUUAUAAAGAUUGAGUUCGGAUUGUGGCCUGAAUUUUUUUUGGCAGAUCUUCUAGCAAGACUUUAUUUUCACUCAGCAGAAACCAUAAAUAACUUAUGGCUUCACCAGAUGUCGAUUCUCCUUGGCUCUGUGCUGCUAAUGAAUCUUUUGGUGGAUGUUUCAAUAUGCAAAUAGAGGAGAUCAAAUCAGCCAAUGUUUUAAAUGUGCUGGAAGCUCCCUCAUCUUCUAUGUCUGAUACCUGUAAUAUCCCCAAGCCACCACCUUAUCCUAAUAAAACAUCUAAAGCAGCCAACAAUUGUAAAAGGAUUUUAGAGACUUGCUCUGUGCCACGGGAAAUUAAAGAUACAUGGGACAGGCUAUUCAAGGAAGCAUAUGGUGUAGAUGUCUACAUUAUCACUGAUAGCAAAUCGUAUAUUCCAGCUCAUUGCAAUGUUCUGAGUAUUUCAUCACCUGUGCUAGGGAAUAUCCUGCAGCGUUCGAAAGUUAAAGAUGGUAUUAGAUACAUCAAAAUUCUUGGUGUACCUUGUGAAGCCGUCUACAUGUUCAUCCGGUUUUUGUACUCAUCCUGCUAUGAAGAGGAUGAGAUGAAGAAGUUCGUUCUCCAUCUGAUGGUUUUAUCACACUCAUACUCAAUCCCAUCACUGAAAAGAGUUUGUAUAGACUUUCUGGAGCAGGAUUAUCUGACCAAGGAAAAUGUGAUAGACGUGCUUCAGUUAGCAAGGAGCUGCAAUGCACCACGACUCUCCUUCAUUUGUGUUCGUAUGGUUGUGAAGGACUUGAAAACUAUAUCAUCAACUGAAGGUUGGAAAGUUAUGAAGCGUGCUAACCCUGCCCUCGAACAAGAGCUUGUAGAAUCUGUUGUUGAAGCAGAUUCGAGAAAACAAGAGAGGUUGAGGAAAAUAGAAGAGAGAAAAGUGUACUUGCAACUGUAUGAAGCAAUGGAGGCUCUCCUUCACAUAUGCAGGGACGGGUGUAGGACAAUUGGACCUAGUGACAAAAUGCUUAAAGGAAGCCAAGUUCCCUGCAACUUUCCUGCUUGCAAAGGACUUGAGUCCUUGGUUCGUCAUUUCUCUAAUUGUAAGACUCGGGUUCCCAGGGGCUGUGUUCACUGCAAACGCAUGUGGCAGCUUCUUGAACUGCAUUCUCGCAUGUGCAACGACCCAGAUUACUGCAAGGUCCCGCUUUGUAGGCAUUUCAAGGAAAAAAUGCAGCAGCAAACGAAGAAAGACGAAGCUAAGUGGAAACUGCUGGUCAGCAAAGUAAUAGCAGCAAAGAACGCAUUGGGGCCAUUCUCAGCUCGCCCUGUAGAUUUAUUCUGACCCCAUUACUUCUCUCAAACCUUGUAUCCUCAUCACAAUAUGCCAUUCAACAAACCCGCGCCAUUGUUUAAAGUUUUAGAAUUGCAAUGGAGGCUUUGUAAAAGUUUUAUUUUAGCUCGUGUAUUUUUCAAAAAAUGAUUUCAGUCCCUAUAUUUAGUUUUUUAUUUACAACUUUAA